CGCAAUCAUGCGGCGCAGUGAUGCAAGGCGCCGAGAUUCAUCUCCGGGAAUCUAUCUUCCCCCGAACAUCCCGUGGGUGCCCCGUCGUCCGAUGGAACAACGACGGAGUCGAGAAGACAGCGCGAGGUUUGUGUAGUUCGCGAGUCGUCAUCGGCGGGAGUAUCGUCAGGAACGCGGCGGUGGUCCUGCGGGAGGUUGUGCGCGCGGCGGUGAAGGGAUAAAGAGAGAAAAAGGGAGCCGGAGUUCCAGAGAGAGAGGUAGCGAGAUUUUUCCCCACCGCUUGAAAAACCAACCCCCCACCAGCUGGGUACCGUGGGGGCAGGCGGCGGUGGCGGCGGUGUGGAAGAGACGCGCGGCGGGCUGCGGGGGCGACGAAAAGAGGGGGCGAGGAGGGUUACCCAGGGUGGUCUCGGUGGUGGCUGGGGGCGGCAGCCUCAAAAAUACACCGCAACCACACCGCGCGGCUCCACCGCAGAAGCCGCCAUCUUCCACCGCCGAACCGAAACGAGACCGCGCGAGUUAAACACCCUAUCCUACUUCCUCCGAGUAGAAGCUGCCCUGCCACCCGCUGAAGCAACGGCCAGGUGAAGAAUCACCAUCGCCGCGACUGCAACCAACUCUGACGGCGAAGGACACUUGGGAUAACCCGCGAUCCUCGACGCGGAAAAAUCUCCGAUCGGUGAUAGUGUGCGCGAAUCAAGAUAUAUCUCGCGGAUAUAUCUCGUGAUCGUUGCUUCGAUUGUUGCAAGUUGAAAUCUCAACGUCAGUGUUUACGAAUUUUAAUGCGUUAUUUGGUAUGUACAUAUAGAUAAUACGUUUUCGGUAAUUGAUCAAGAUUUCGAUCGACGAGAGAGAUACACGUGCGCGGCCCUCGCCAAAGUUCGGCGAAACUUGGCGCGGUGAGCGCCGCGUACGGAAACAUAUGGUUUAUUUGAAAAAGCCCUUCGCUUCUGGUAUAUAAUUUCAGUGAAAAUAUAAAAAAAAAAAGAAAGUGUGUGAAUGUGAUGUUAUCAAUUAUGAGGAUCGCCGGUGCGAAACAGUGUUUUAGACACGCGCGUUAAGAAAGGCAUAUCUCUAUAGAUCUGCUUGCGAAACUGACUUUUAACUCAACGAUCGGAUUUAAGUGUUUCGAACAGUCGCGAGUGUUCCACAUUGUCUUCGAUAAAGAAGACGACGGGCUCGAUCAAAGAAUACGUAGAAACAAGGGUCGUCAAGAUUGCCGACGAUUCCAAUAAAACGAAUUUUCUCCGCGAGUUGGCAAUCGAGACGGAGAAUUUGCAAACGGAUGCCCCAUGCCUGCACCCCGCGGUAGGAUAAUGAAAUAAGGAUCAAAGAAGUCUAGGGGCCCGCGAGGGCCGAGAAAGCCGCCGAAAAGUCGCGUGCCUCUCGAUUCCGAAGGAAACAAAUCCGAUUCUCGCCGGAAGCAGAUAUCGGCAUUCGUAAUGUGUUCCUCACUAUUGGCGAAACCAAUUUAUGCUUGUAACGUUCUUAGAUUGUUAUCAAGUGGACUCAAUAUAUUGACCGAUCUUGAAUGUCAAAUAUAACAAUCAAUUGUUAUCGACGAAACUUCAGUUUGCGGAAUAAGAGAUUGUAACUUACUUAAUAAAGUAUAUAUAUCACGAACACAGACGUAUCAUCAAAGGACCAAGCAUCAUAUCGAAAUUGAUCAUAAGGAUCGAUCCCCUCGUCACGGAUCACGUGUACAUAUACUUCGUUUAGAAUUCGGAAAAGUAAAACGUAAACAAUUGAGCAGCCGAAUUCAUUCGAAAAGCUCGUAGGGCAAGGUGACAUCUCAAUCAAGAGAACUAAUGAUAUCAUUCUCAUGACGAAUCCUUCGCGAGAUGCUCGACCCGAGGAUCGGCCUCCUGGCCUAGAUUAUCCUGAUCCCAGAUCAGUGCGUGGCAGUCAUCAGGUGCAUCAAGCAGUGAAUCAAAUCAACGGGCCCAGAAUACGGAGGACCCGGGCCUCGUCCUCGAGGAGAAGAAUGCACUUGGCCAACGAGGUUCCUCCUCAAGGUUCGGCCGGCGGAAAUCAUCUUUCCGAUUAUGCUCUCACCGCCGAUCUGCUUGCCGAGAGGACACUGGAUGGACUUCUCGCCGAGCAUCCUGGAGAACUUGUUCGUACAGGUUGCCCACAUGUGGUAUGCACAGUAUUACCAUCACAUUGGAGGUCGAACAAGACUCUUCCGGUAGCCUUCAAGGUAGUAGCCCUCGGCGAGGUUGGAGAUGGAACCCUCGUGACCGUUCGGGCCGGAAACGAUGAGAAUUGUUGCGCGGAACUACGAAAUUCUACUGCUCUAAUGAAAAACCAGGUCGCCAAAUUUAAUGAUCUUAGGUUCGUCGGUCGAAGUGGUAGAGGAAAAAGUUUCACCCUGACGAUCAUGCUGCAAACAUCACCGCCGCAAGUGGCCACCUUGUCGAAGGCGAUCAAGGUGACUGUGGACGGUCCAAGGGAACCGCGGUCGAAGACAAGACACCAGGCCUUUCAUCCCUUUCACUUCGGACCUCGUCCAUUCCCCUUCGGACACCCGCAGGACCCGUUGGGAUUCAAACUGUCGGGAUUGCAACACCUGGGUCUGGAGCAAGGAGCGGGCCAGGGAUGGGGUGGGUUACCCCGAGGAUCUCUACCGCCGCACUGUCUUCCACCGCCUCCUGGUCAUCACCCGCACACACAUCCACAACCGGUUGGUGCAUCAGCCUUCAAUCCUUUCCAUCACGCCAUCGAGCAGAGAUCCCCGAGGCUACCUGGGCCUAACGCCGAAUCUUCGAGGAAUGACUUGGGUCCUAUCAGUGUGUCUGUGAGGGAAGUAACGCCGACAACGUCACCCGGCAACCCCGGACCGGGCUUGUUGACGACGGCUUCCGUAACGGCACCGACACCUCCCGCCGAGUCGACCACUACUACUACGACACCCAGCCCGUCUGGACAUCACUCACACUUUCAAGGUCUACAUCUGCUGGGUGCCACGGGAUCCAUCUUUGGAUCGAUAUUCGCGCCAUUGUUACCACAGUCUUCUUGGCUUUACAAUCCCCUAUAUCACACGCAACAGUACAUCCUGGAGCCGGAAUGGCACGCUUUGGCCUUGCGAAUGGCUCAACAACGAUUGCAGAGGCCGGAUCAGGCCCGAUUGGAGGAACUCAGGAAACUUAGGAGCAGCAGCGACAGUCCCGAGAGCAGUACGAAAGACGAAGAACGGAGAGGAGACGAUCAAGGCGCUUUACAUCGAUCCGGAUUGGAUAGUCCUGACGAUAGCAUCGAAGUGGAUGAUAAGAACGAUCAAGAUCUAAAUAGAGACCGCAUUAGAAGCGAUGAGUCAAUACCCGAGCAAGAUUCUCCAAGAAUCUCGCCGAUUAGGAGCGAUCUGGAGGAUGCUGCGUCUACAGAUGCCACCUUCCAAGAAGCAUCGAUUCAUCUACGACAAAGUAUAGAGAAUUUGAACGACUCGGAUCUCCAAAUCGAUCAGGAUCAGAUUGUUCGUCGCGGUGACCUCACUGUAAAAAUCCGUCUAGAGGGUACGGUCGAUCUUAGCACGAAGAAGGGUCAGGAUAAGGAAAACGUCGGUCAAGAUCUGACGACGCGAAGAAAGGAGGAUGGGAUAGAUGUCGAAAGAGAAGCCAUCAGAUCACGAAGAGAGAGAAGUCCUAAGCCUAGACAGGUGUGGAGACCUUAUUAAGAAUUAAAGUCAGUAUAUUUGUUCUGUGAGAGAAUCCUUCAAGCGUGAUGAUCUUAACGAAUUCGAUGAUCAAGGUGAGAAAUGGAUUUGAUUGUCGAAGGAGUACAGAUUGAAUUAAGUAUGAUCUAGGCAAAUUUUAUCGUGUGUUUUUUCAGAAGAAAACUUCAUUUCCGCUAAGAGUUCAGCGGACAUUGAUCAAUUCCAUCUCAAUAAUUCGAAACUAAACCCUAAAAGUGGAGCUUGCACGAUGUUGUACAAUAGUUUAGCAAUGCUAAGCGAUACAUCAUCAUCGUCAAGUUUUCGAGGGAUAAACGAAACACGCCCGUUGGAUGCUCGAACAUCUCGCGCAAUAUAACGCGGUUAAUCAUCUGCUUGAAAAUUAAUUAUCAAAACUUUCGGACGAACUUUUUUGUCAAAGUUAUUUAUCUAUUCGUAUGCCCGUUGCGGUAUCGUCUAAGAACAGUCAAGGACUCGAGGACUAACCAGGGUUUACGUUCGCAUAUAUAGUAUGUACAUAUAUACAAUGACGUCCGAUUAUUAUAUAAGUUAAUGUUUCAAGUAAACGUUAAGCACACUACCCUCUCGUCAUUCCGAUUAAGAAUACUUAAACUUUCUGAAUGUCUUAUGGACUACACGAAUAUGCUGUUGAAGCGCGCGCAACGCGCAUGUGUAUCUUAAUUCUGAAGAACGAAUUUCGUAAGUCAGGAUGUACGUUUUUCCAUGAUCUUUUAUUUAUUAUCUUCUUCGAACUAUAUUGUAACGUCGAUUUUAGGCAAGAAAAUACUCGUGUGACAGAUGACAUUUGGGAGGUUUCCUGGUACAAGCGAAAUUACGAGCUAUCUACGUUGUAAAUAUUAUCAUAUAGAAAAAUUUUAAUCCUGGCCGAGUCACAUUCUUUUGCAAAUUAUUAUCUCCUUUUUAUGAGGCAAUGUCAUUUUUUAGAAGCAGAGACAUCGAUAGUAAAAUGUCAUUACAUAAUUAUUGUUUACAUGAUUCAUGAAGUCGUCGAUGACGACGCUGUAUGUAUGCGUGACUACAGGCCUUAAUCAAAAUCAUUCAUUGUUUAAGUACGUCAUCAAAUAAAGUAAUAUCAUCCGUUC